AAUACUAAAAGACCCUGAGGUUGCCUCAUUCUGCGUUGUCAUCGACUCUUAUCUAUAUACCCUGAGUAACAUAAAAAGUUGGGCGCUCCAACGACAUUCUGAUUUUUCUUUACCCUCGAAAGCAGAGAGGAGAGGACACUCUCUCCACACCACAGACAAUGGCCCCAAGUCUGUCUUUGCUGCUGAUCUGUCUGCUUGCCUUGUAUACACCAGUGGCAUCCAAGAAAGAAUGUGGCCGCCCAUCCCUGGGUGACGGUAUGGACCUGGAGGGGCUCCAGAGGGUGUACUCCCCCGGAGACGUGGUGGUGCUGUCGUGUAAACGAGGAUAUACACCCACCUCAGGCUCUCGCACAAUCAUCUGCACUGCUAGUGGACACUGGACCAAGUCUAGACUCAAGUGCUCAACAAAGAGUUGCUCCUUCCCAGAAGCGUUGGACAACGGAGACAUGGAGUUUGAGGACAUUGUCUACCAGAGUACCAUCAACUACACCUGCCACGAGGGGUACAUCCUGCAAGGAGCCAGUACCAUUGAGUGCUUGCAUGACGGACAAUGGAGUGAUCCACCACCGAAGUGCACACCGGUGACGUGUGGUCUUCCUCCAAUACCUAAAUAUGGGAAAAUAGUCUACGACAGUAAGUUCACAGGCAACAUGACGGUGUUUGGUUUUGGGGGGACCUACGAGUGUUUCCCUCCACUUGUCCUCAUAGGCAAUGAGAGGGGAUCGUGCAGCACUAACGGAGACUGGACUGAGCCACCAGAAUGUAAAUUGGUGACCUGUUCAGCUCCAACAGACAUCAACAACGGCUACAUGAAUAUUCAUGAUAAGAGGGAGUAUGGCUUCAAGGAGACUGUCAGAUAUGGAUGUAAUAUAGACCAUGUCCUGGAUGGGCCUGUGGAGAUUGAAUGUCUCCAAACAGGGGAUUGGUCAAUAAAGCCAGCUUGCAGGGUUCCCUGCAAGGUAGAUAUUAAAAGAGGACGCAUCCUUUACAAUGGAAGGACAUUUUGGAUAAAGGAUUUCGAGCCCAAUAAAAUCUCACAUGGGGAAGUCCUCUCGGUCUACUGUAUGAACAAGGAAAAGAAGUGUGGCUAUGCAGUGUCAACGCAGUGCAUCGAUGGAAAACUCAAGAUCCCAGAAUGCUUUGAAGAACCAAGUGAUAAAUUCGACGAUGAUUCCCUGCCAUCUGAGAUAGCCCAGUGUUGAAACUCAACUGUGCAUGACAAAGCAAAUCGAGACCGAGAACAUUGAUUGCCUGAAUUAAAUGUCAAUAAAACCAUGUGUAUUUCUAUGUAAUGCAAUGCAUUUGUUCCUCGGAAAAAAAAUUCUGUAGAGAUCAAAUUUUACGAUGAAUAAAAAAUACUGACAUACCCAA